AUGCAGAGAGUGGUGCUCCUCCUCCUGAUCGGAAUCGUGGAUCUGAGCAUGUGCCAUCAUAACAGCCAGUUCCAAUGGCUGUCCCAUCUGCGAGGGCAGCGUCGGCACGCCAGCUGGCAGGCCGGCCAGGUGGACUGCCCCCUGGAGUGCGACUGCCCCUCAACCUAUUUCACUGCUAUGUACUGUCACAACCGUAACCUACAGCAUGUUCCCUACGUACCCUCACACAUAAAGUAUGUCUACCUGCAGCACAACCGGAUCACUGGCAUCCAGGAUGGGGUGUUUGACAACGCUACCAACUUGGUCUGGGUCGUGCUGUUUAACAACCAGCUCAACUCAGACAAGAUUGGCAACAACGUCUUCAGCAAGCUCAAGAACCUGGACCGGUUGCUCCUGGAUCACAAUGAGCUCACCCAUGUGCCUCCUAACUUGCCCAAGUCCAUCACAGACCUGCGGCUCGGUCAUAACAAGUUCUCAAAAAUCCUUCCCAAAUCGUUUGAGGGGAUGGCCAACCUCACCUCCCUUCAGCUCCAAGCAAAUGUCAUAGAGGACGUUUGAGAUGCGUUCAAGGGGCUGAAGUCUCUGACUUUGCUGGACAUGAGGAAAAACAAACUGAGGACGAUCCCUGACAAACUCCCUGAGAGGCUGCAACAGCUCUACCUAGAGUUUAACAGCAUAGAGAGUGUGCCCGAAGGCUUCUUGACCAUGUAUCCCCAACUGCAGUAUGUCCGGUUGGCUCAUAACAAGCUGACAGAUAAAGGACUUCCAUCCAAUGUCUUCAACAUCAGCACACUGACUGAGCUCGACCUGUCCUUCAAUAAACUGGAGAAGAUCCCUGUUGUCAGCAGGGAUCUAGAGAACCUUUAUCUGCAAGCCAAUAAAAUCAAAGAGUUCUCCCUGCACAGCUUCUGCAGUGCAAUCGACAUGGCAAACUUCUCCAGGCUGAGAGUGCUACGCCUGGAUGCCAAUAAGAUCAGUGCCAGAGACAUUCCUGCUGAAGCUGCCUACUGUUUGCGGCGCGUCGCCUUUGUUGACGUGUAG